UCUCCACCCCUUUUCUUAAGUUGCCCUGAUAGUAAGUGGCUGUUUCAGAGCGGAGCACAUGCGGAGUGUCAGCGCUCGCCCGCGCCUUUCUCCCCGAAUUUUGUUAGCCCCCGCUCUACCUGCUGCGGGAUUUUUACCUGGCCCCUUGCCUCCCCGGGCUCCACUCCACUGCGGAAUCUGAAAAGAUGAUGUUGUACGAUGUUAUUUACAGACGGGACCAGUAAGUAGAACUGAUUGAUCAUUCCUGAAGUAUAUGACAGAGUUCUGUGUCUCUUGUAUUUUAGCUGUGCUGUCCAAUACAAGGGAAGCAUCUUGGGUUUUUCUGGAGAGGAAAUUUGGCAGUUCUGAUAAAAAAAAAAUUCAGAGAAGACAGCACUCCCUGAAGCUCAAUGACUAAAAGCAACGGAGAAGAGCCCCAACCUGGGGGUAGAAUGGAGCGGUUCCAGCAAGGAGUCCGAAAACGGACACUCUUGGCUAAGAAGAAAGUACAGAGCAUCACAAAGGAAGAUGUUAAAAGUUAUCUAUUUCGGAAUGCCUUUGUUCUCCUCACUGUCACCGCUGUCAUUGUGGGUACAAUCCUUGGAUUUACUCUCCGGCCGUACAAAAUGAGCUACCGGGAAGUUAAGUACUUCUCCUUCCCAGGAGAACUUUUAAUGAGGAUGCUACAGAUGUUGGUGUUGCCUCUCAUCGUCUCCAGCCUAGUCACAGGGAUGGCUGUCCUAGAUAGUAAGGCCUCAGGGAAGAUGGGAAUGAGAGCAGUGGUCUAUUACAUGACUACCACAAUCAUUGCUGUGGUGAUUGGCAUAAUCAUUGUCAUCAUCGUCCAUCCUGGGAAAGGCUCAAAGGAGAACAUGCACAGAGAAGGCAAAAUUGUACAAGUGACAGCCACAGACGCCUUCCUUGACUUGAUCAGGAAUAUGUUCCCUCCCAAUCUGGUGGAAGCCUGCUUUAAACAGUUUAAGACCAACUAUGAGAAGAAAACCUUUAAGGUGCCUCUUGCGCCCAAUGAAACACUUUUAGCUUCUGUGAUAAGCAAUGUUUCAGAGGCCAUGGAAACCCUCACCCGUAUAAAGGAGGAAAUGGUCCCAGUUCCAGGGGCUGUGAAUGGAGUGAAUGCACUGGGGCUGGUCGUCUUCUCAAUGUGUUUUGGAUUGGUGAUUGGAAAUAUGAAGGAGCAAGGGCAAGCCCUGAAAGAUUUCUUUGAUUGCCUCAAUGAGGCUAUUAUGAGACUGGUAGCUGUGAUCAUGUGGUAUGCUCCACUUGGGAUCCUCUUUUUGAUUGCUGGAAAAAUAGUUGAGAUGGAGGAUAUGGGAGUGAUUGGUGGGCAGCUGGCUAUGUACACCAUAACUGUCAUCAUCGGAUUGCUCAUUCAUGCAGUUAUUGUGCUCCCACUAAUCUACUUCUUGGUAACUCGCAAAAAUCCUUGGGUUUUUAUUGGAGGAUUAUUGCAGGCGCUUAUCACGGCUUUGGGGACAUCCUCCAGUUCCGCCACCCUGCCCAUCACUUUUAAGUGCCUGGAAGAGAACAAUGGAGUGGACAAACGGGUGACUAGAUUUGUCCUACCAGUGGGUGCCACGAUCAACAUGGAUGGGACUGCUCUGUAUGAGGCCCUUGCUGCCAUCUUCAUUGCUCAAGUUAAUAACUUUGAACUGAACUUUGGACAGAUUAUCACCAUCAGCAUCACAGCCACAGCUGCCAGCAUUGGAGCUGCUGGGAUCCCUCAGGCAGGCCUGGUGACGAUGGUCAUCGUGCUAACCUCUGUGGGGCUGCCCACGGAUGACAUCACCCUCAUCAUUGCUGUGGACUGGUUCCUGGAUCGCCUUCGUACAACCACCAAUGUUCUAGGAGACUCUCUUGGGGCAGGAAUUGUUGAGCACUUAUCACGACAUGAGCUGAAGAACCAAGAUGCAGAAAUGGGUAAUUCUGUGAUCGAAGAGAAUGAAAUGAAGAAACCCUAUCAGCUCAUCUCCCAGGAAAAUGAGACCGAAAAACGCAUUGAUAGUGAAACCAAGAUGUAAACUGGCACAAUGAAAUAUAACUUUUCCAUCCAGUUGUAUCUCAUUUUCCAGAAACCCCUUAUUUUGCUCUCUCUUCCUAUUUGGAUAGCAUUUUAAAAUGUCAACAAAAUUUUGAUGGGGCCAAAAUGUAUGAUUGUCAUUCUGUUUCUCAAAAGGAAAAAAAAUGAACAGUUUAUCUACUGGUCUUGCCUGGGUAUGUGCAAAAAGAGAUCAGAAAGAAAGUUGACCAAGUCAACAGAAAAAUGCAAGUGUAUAUGACACAACCCUAUAAAUGUGAUCUUGUUUUUUAUAAGCUGGAAAGUCAAAAUUAGGUAGAAGAGGCUGGAAAUAUAUUUUUUCUUAAUUCCUAUUUCAAAAUUUCUGGAUCCAUAGAACACAGUCCAGGUUAGGUCUCAAAAUAUAAUUAACUUGAUGUAACCGCAACCAGAUAAAAGAUGGUCAAUCAGAAUCUGUCUUUAUCUAGUUUGUGACUUCCUGUCUCAUCUCACUAAUCUCACUAUGCUCCAGAGCAUAGGAAAAGGCCAGCUUAGGGGCUGCUGACCAUUAAAAAUCACCACCUUUGUGUCUCUUCCUGACAUCUUGCAAUAAAAGACAUUUCUUAGAGGAGGAGAUUAUCCUCCAGGGAGGAUUAUGUCUAAGGUAAACAUGGCAGGGUGGUUCCCUAGUCCUAGAUCAGAAGCCAUCUUUUCCAAGUGGGCAGCUAUGCAAAAUACCAAGAGAUAGAUCUAUUUAGGAGUGAAACUUCACCAAACAUCCUGCCCAUGCUUUAGAAAGGGAAAGAAGAGAAGUAAGAGGUCAAACUGCCCUUCCUUCUUUUCCCAAUAGGGGAAAUUUAGGGGGUUUUUUUGGGGGGAGGAGGGAGAAUUGUUAUCCAUUAUAUCUACUAAGAAUAGUAAUUUAGAAAAUAAAACUGAAAACUAAUGGAGUGCUUAAGCUUUUACUGGCACUAGAAAAAACAUGAAUAGCAAGAUAGUGAAUGGAUGGAAUGUUUCAGAAAUGUAAAAAGAAUUUUAAAGAGUGAUAUGGGUCUCCAGUGGGGAAUAUAAAUGGAAAGAAUAAAAAGGGAAGAGAUUUAAAAUACUCUUUACUCUGAUAUGUUUUCUGCUCAGUCCAAAAUUGUUCCCCAAGGAAACCUGAAGAUCAAAAUAUCGAUGUUAUGUGUUUUCAUUUUUUAUGUAUUUUGAAGGAGUCAAAAUGGAAGAGGUUUACAAUGUAGUUAGAGACAGAGAGGAGAUUGAAAGUUGAGUGAGGGCCUGUCAUGUAAAAACUAUUUUUAUAACCAAAUAUUCAGCGAAUAAGGAAAUUAGACAUUUCUUUGGGUUAAAAUUCUACUCAUCCAAUUAUUCACAAUAUUUGGUUAUGUCAUGCUUGUUCCCAGAAGAAAUGUCAGAUGAUUGUUGAGAUGUUGUUCAUUGGACUUAGAGAGCAUUAGUUAAAACAAAGCAACUCCUUGGUUUUGAGUCAAGAGACAGGUAUAAUUUCCCCCUUUGCUUAGAAAUAAUUCAGUAAAAGUGAUCAUCUGGGAGCUGUCAGACAUUGCAAGCUGUGCUUGAGUCUAUAACUGAAAGAGCAAAGGAUGUAUUUGCUUUUGCUAACAGGUUGAAUAUCUAGACACACACAUCCUCUGAUAUGUAAUUAGAACUAUUUUUAUAGAAAUGCAGUGCAUUAUGUGCAUAUAAAAAGUUAAUGUUAGUCUAUAUGGAGUAACAUUUAAUGUUUAUUGUGGCUCUAUUUGGAAAAUACACUGCAAAAACUUCAUGCAAGUGGAUGUCUUUCUAUGACAUAUUUGGAGAAAAAUGGAUUGUGACACAACACAUAUCUUGGGAUUUGGGAUUUUUUUUAAUACUAACUCUAUUUCUUCUGGAAAUCAGGUCAUCUAGGAUAAUCCCCUUCUACCCUUUAUUGGCUUUGCAGGUAGAUACAUCCAGUGUGGACUGAGAAACAUUACUUUGUAGAUGUAUUUUCAAUAAAAAAAAAUAAUUUUACAUUA